GAUGCACCAUCCGAGGAACUCUUUCUCGGCGCAGAUCACCAGUCCGACCGGAAGCUGCAGGCUCCACGACGACGAGGACGGCGGGCAGUCGCAGUCCUUCUGCGGCAGCAACCGCAGCUCCUGCGUCUCCAACAGGGGGCUGCCCCUGGGCGACCGGCCACGAGCCUCCGAGUCGCGGUGCUCGCCCAACUCCCUGGCGGCGACGCUCAGGGCCGCGAGGUCCUUCACCUCGCUGGCCAGCCACGACCCGGACGGCCGCCGGCCCAGCGAGAUCAGCCUCAUGGGCACG